GGCGGCCAAUUUGAAAAAAAGAAUAGACCCGAGGCCGAGGGAAGAGUAGGAACUUCACGAAAAUUUACUUCAUGGUGCAAUGUCUCGAAAAAGGAAGUUUCCAACUCAAGAUAUAGAGGAUCAAGAAAAUAAAAGGUAUUUCUUGGAUCCGGAGGCUGUUAGUCGUCAUCUGUAUUGCUCCAUCUGUCAAGAAGUAUUUACUGAACCUCAAAGAGCCCCAUGUGGCCAUAGCUUCUGUAAAGAGUGUAUUUUCACCUGGUUGAAGCACAAGAAGAACUGCCCUGAAGAUAGACGUCCCUUGAAACGUUCCGACUUGCAUUAUGACUUUAUUGUCGCCAAUGUGAUCGGGGAUCACACUGUGGCAUGCCCCUUUCGUCGGAAGGGCUGUGAGUACUUGGGCAAGCUGGAUACAAUCUCCCUGCAUCGCAAAUCCUGCGCUUUCAACCCCGGCAACCUCCCAGGGUUUCUUCACAAGGAGAAGAACAUCCUCAGUGAAAGACAGCUCACUUCUCAAGAAGGUAGUGGAUCCUCAUUUUCUGAGAACAUUCCGUCACCCUUGGUCCCAGACAAUGACAAGCUACCAACACCUGCCAAGCCUUCCUUGAAGAUGAGACUCUUCUGCAAAGGUGGUGGCCAGCGAGAUCUGCUCUACUCCAUGUUUGAAGACGGCACUUCAUCGACGUCCUCCGACUCAUCACCAUCUACAUCGUCGUCGUCAUCAUCAUCAUCGACAAUGGCAGCUAAAGCAACAGUCUCAAGAACCAGAAGGAAAGCUUUUGAUCGUGAUAUCAUUAUUCUUGAUUCUCCAUAAAUCCAGAGCUCUAUUGCUGACUUCAAAGUUACCAGGUAACUGGGAUGGCAACGUCACAUCAUUCUAGAGAUGACUAAUGAUGGUAGAUGGGUUCACCAGCGAUUAAGAAGAAGUUGUGACAGAUGACGAAGAUUACUUGGACAAAGAUCACUCUCCUGCUUAUCUGCUUGAUGUCUUCCAAGAGAUUUCAACUUCCAAUAUUGGAAUCAAGACCUUCAUUUCAGGGCUGAUAUUCAAUUUGAUACUUAAGCCAGAAUUGAGUAUUUUGCUGGAUUCUUUGGUAUUCAAUUGCAUUUUUUUUGCUGAGUAUUUUGCUUGAAUCUAAGUCAGCUGCCUACUAGGCUCAAGUCUGGCUUGCAUGCAGUUUACAAAUGUGAUCCGCGCAGUCAUACGUUCUGCGCAAAGAUGAGUAAAUACAUUGCACAUUAUUUGGCUCAAACUUUAUGACAUCAUAAUGGUUGUUGAUAACUUUUUUGAAUUUCCAUAUUUGAUGGAAAAUGUGAUUAGUUAGAAAAAAAAUUGAUCACUGUCAGAUUGUGUAGCAGGCUUACCAUCAGAGAUCAAGAUUAGGACAUUGUUUCAUAACAAUGGAUUGUGGAUGUGAAUUUUACAAUUGAUUGCCUAUACCAUGAUGCAUGAUCAUUUGUAAAUAUCAGCCAAAUGAUCAAUCGCUAAGUUUCUUGUAAACUAGUAUGGAGCCGUUAUGGCUCGAAUACACAAUGGUGGUUUCAAUUGUACCACGGUUCAAAUCUUUGGAGAUUUCUCUUACUAUCGCGCUUGAAUUUAGCACCCUUUGCCAAAAGUGUGCAUUUGGAAUGGACCUUGUGCAUGUGACAUAUCUUAACGCCCUCUCUCAGAGGAUGUAGGAGUACACAUAAACAGAGUUGUCAGAGAUGCGCCAGCUGCUGAUCACCAAUGCAUGCAAGGCAAUGGCAUAGCCCUGUCUAGGCCGGGGGCCUCGAAGGCCCCCCCCCC